AUGGCGCACGUGCGGAGCGAUCGAGGGAUCGCCGCGGGGUGGUUCGCGCGCGACGACGCGGGCGAACGCGCGCGCGCGGGCGCGGGCGGUCGAGACGCGCGGGUCGGUGGCGGUGACCGAGACUCCGUGUGGGCAAACUGUAUGGAAGACGAAACGACAGAUAAAUACACCCGCGGCGCGCGCACGACGUGGGUCGGACGACACGCGUUCGACGUCGACGAGAGGUACAACCCGCUGAAGAUCAUCGGACGCGGGGCGUACGGGGUGGUGUGCUCGGCGAUCGACGGCGCGCCGAUGGCUCGCGGGCGCGUCGGGACGUCUCGCCGGGUGGCGGUGAAGAAGCUGACGAAUUGCUUUGAUUCGCCCGUCGAGGCGAGACGGGCGCUUCGAGAGGUGCAUCUCCUGCGUCGACUUCGACACGAGAACGUGAUCAAACUCGUGGACGUGAUGAUGCCGACGAACGAGAUCGGUCGCGUGAGCGAUGUCUACCUCGUGUACGAGCUCAUGGACACCGAUCUGCACCAAAUCAUACGGAGCGAUCAAACGCUCCUGGACGAGCACUGUCAGUACUUUAUGUACCAAAUCUUGCGAGGGCUCAAGUACGUGCACAGCGCAAACGUGCUCCAUCGCGAUCUGAAGCCGAGUAAUAUCUUGCUCAACGCGAACUGUGAUCUGUGCAUAUGCGACUUCGGUCUCGCGCGAAGCAUGGUCGAGGAGGGACACAUGAUGACUUCGUACGUCGUCACGCGAUGGUACCGCGCCCCGGAGCUGUUGCUCAACUCUGAGGAGUACGCGGCGUCGAUCGAUAUGUGGUCCGUCGGAUGCAUCUUGGCCGAGAUCAUCGCUCGAAAACCUUUGUUCCCGGGGAAGGAUUUCAUCCAUCAGAUGCACCUCAUCAUCGAAACCUUGGGUUCUCCUGAAGAGGCGGAUCUCGAAUUCAUCUCUUCGUCGUACGCGCGCAAGUACAUCGGCGCUCUCCCGCGCAAGCCAAAGAUCGACUUCGCGUCGCUCUAUCCGCGCGCCAACGUCUUGGCCGUCGAUCUCCUCGAGCGUAUAUUGGUCUUCAACCCGCAUCGUCGAAUCAGCGUCGACGAAGCCCUGGCGCAUCCGUACCUGGCGUCUCUCCACGACGUCUCCGCCGAGCCGCGGUACGCGGCGGAUCCGAGCGAUCUCCACCACGAUCCUCUGGACGACCCCGACGUGCACGUCCCCGACGAACACCUCCGCGACGCUCUGAGAAACCAAAUGCUCGCCGUGAAGGCUGCCAACUGGUGA